GCAUAGCUAGCUUUGCUACUACUGUCUCACGCCUUCGUCACAGCGAGAGACAGAGACGUCAUCACUCCGCGCCGCAGCCUGCUGAUCAGCGUGUCGCGGUAAAUGCCCGGUAGAAGCAGCUGAUGGUGUCUCCGGGGAAAUAUGUCGGUGUUUCAUGAUGAGGUGGAGAUCGAGGACUUUGAGUUUGACGAGGAGACGGAGGCCUAUUACUUCCCUUGUCCCUGUGGUGACCGCUUCUGUAUAACCAAGGAGGACCUGGAGAACGGAGAGGAGGUGGCCGCAUGUCCCAGCUGCUCGCUCAUCCUGAGAGUCAUCUAUGACAAGGAACUUUUCUUGUGUGGAGAAACGAUUGAAGCUCCAUCAAAACCUGGACUGCAGCGAGUUCAGACCUGAACCAGAACCAGAACCUGGACCUGGACCAGAACCAGAACCUGGACUGCAGCUCCAAGUGGAACCCUGCUGGUCUGCUGGUGCUCUUCAUGAAUCCUCCGUAGCGUUUCCCGCCGGCGGCCCGCUCCAGCGGAAGUGCUUCAUCUUGUAGGAUCCGUCCUUCUUCUCCUGCAGCAGCUGCUCUUCCUCGUCCUCCUCUUCGU